AUGGAGCGUCUUAGCCAGAUUGCACACCAAACAAAGGCAUCGGCCGGUCCACCGGCUCAUCCUGGCCAUCCUUUGGACCCUUUGACCGUUGAUGAGAUUAGAGCCACUUCUGAAAUUGUAAAAAAGAAGUUUGACGGCCAUGUCAUCUCGUUCAACACAAUUACCCUAAAAGAGCCAACCAAGAAGGAUUUUCUGGCCUGGCGUGAUGCGGAUGGACCUAUGCCAGCCAGAGUUUCGUACUUUGUGCUUAUCGAGAGUGGGUGUCCGGGAGUCAAGGAAGGAUUGGUGAGUAUUGACAAGCUGAGCCUGAUCUCAAGCAGAGAACUCAAGACUGUGCAGCCGAUCUUGACGGUUGAGGACUUGAUCAACACGCAGGAUGUGAUCCGAAACGAUGCAAACGUGAUCGAGCAGUGUGUGAUCUCGGGGGUGCCUAGAGACCAGAUGGAUCACAUUUACUGCGAGCCGUGGACUGUUGGGUAUGAUGAGAGAUGGGGGGCCAGCAGAAGGCUCCAGCAGGCAUUGAUGUACUACCGGCACAACGAGGACGAUUCGCACUUUUCGCAUCCGCUCGAUUUCUGCCCGAUUGUGGACAUGAACUUGAAGAAGGUCAUAUACAUCGAUAUUCCGAACAGGAGGAGGAAAAUCGACAUCAGCAUCCCGAACUCAAACUACAUGCCUAAGGACAUGAUCAAGAAGUACGGCAAGAUGCGGGACGAGAAGCCAAUCAACAUCACACAGCCCGAAGGGGUGUCCUUUGAGAUGAACGGCAACUGCAUCAGCUGGAACAACUUCACGAUGCACGUUGGCUUCAACUACAGGGAGGGAAUUGUUCUCUCGGACAUCCGGUACAACGAUCACGGCAAUGUGCGCCCGCUCUUCCACCGGAUCUCGCUCUCUGAGAUGAUUGUUCCUUACGGCAACCCAGACCACCCACACCAGAGAAAGCACGCCUUGGAUAUCGGUGAGUAUGGUGCGGGAUACAUGACUAACCCGUUGACUCUCGGCUGCGACUGCAAAGGUGUGAUCCACUACCUGGAUGCACACUUUGUGGACAGCCAUGGGGACCCGAUCACCAUCAAGCAUGCAGUUUGCAUCCACGAGGAAGAUGACGGUCUUCUUUGCAAGCACUCGGACUUCAGGGACUCGUUUGCCACGACUAUCGUCACCAGAUCGACCAAGUUGGUCGUUUCGCAGAUCUUCACCGCGGGAAACUACGAGUACUGCAUCUACUGGAGUUUUAUGAUGGACGGCACCAUCAAGCUCGACCUCAAGUUGACUGGCUGCUUGAACACCUACGUCAUGGAUGAAAAGUACGAGAAGGCUGCUCCCUGGGGUUGCAGAGUGUAUCCUCACGUCAAUGCACACAACCACCAGCAUCUUUUCGCCUUGAGAAUCCACCCACGGAUCGAUGGUGACGGGAAUUCCACCGGAAUGGCUGAACCACGCUCCUCUCCCUAUCCUACAGGCAGCCCGGAGAACAUGUACGGCAAUGCGUGGUACUCGCACAGCACGAAGUUCGUCAAAUCGAAGGAUUCCGUCACUGAUUACGUAAACGGCCGCACCUGGGACUUCUUCAACCCCAACAAGGUCAACAGGUACUCCAGGUUGCACCCCUGCUACAAGCUAGUGUCUUUCCAGUGCCCUCCUAUGCUUGCACAGCCGGGAUCCCUGCCUUACAAGCGGGCACCCUGGGCCCACCACACCUUUCAGGUCAUCCCAUACAAGGAGGACCGGUUGUAUCCAUCGGGAGACUUUGUUCCGCAGUGGUCCGGAGACGGCAUGGUUGGAUUCAGGAAGUGGUAUGGAAACGGUGAAGAUAACAUUGACAACACGGAUAUCUUGUGUUUCCAUGUUUUUGGAAUUUCGCACGUUCCUGCACCCGAGGACUUCCCGAUGAUGCCUUCCGAGCCAAUUGCGCUGCUUUUGAGGCCUAGAAACUUCUUUACCGAGAACCCAUCCAUGGAUGUGCCACCUUCCUACUCUAUGACCACCACAGAGGCCCGGACGGCAAAAAACCACCAAGUGCACUCCGCCAAUGACACCACUUCGAGAUAUGCGUUUAGCAGUGACAACGAUAUUGGUUGCUGUACCAGAUUUAGCAAGGAGAAGUGA